AUGUUGUCCUUUGGAAAGCUCGCUGGCGUCGCUGCGCUCUUCCUGCCUGCAGUACUCGCCUGUAACGGCCACACGGGUGGUGUUCCCACAGCCACUUCGACCAAGACAAACAGCAAGGUCAUCACUGUCGCUGCUGGCCAGACCUUCGACUGUGGCUGGGCUAGGUACGAUCGUGGUAGUGGAGCUUGCAACGCCCAGGUUGAAGGUGGUGACGCCGACGCUGUGUUUCUGCUGAAGAAGGGUGCAACGCUUAAGAACUGCAUCAUUGGCAAGAACCAAGCUGAAGGUGUCCAUUGCGACGGCGCUUGCACUUUGGAGUUUGUCUGGUUUGAGGAUGUCUGCGAAGACGCGAUCACCGUCAAGAACGAUGCGUCUGGCGACCAGUCCUGGAUCGUUGGCGGUGGUGCCUACAAGGCUGGUGAUAAGGUUGUUCAGCACAACGGCUGCGGAACCGUCAACAUCAUUAACUUCUUUGUGAACGAUUAUGGCAAGCUGUACCGCUCUUGCGGAAACUGCUCUAAGCAGUGCAAGCGCAAUGUGUACAUCGAGGGUGUGACUGCUGUCAACGGUGGUGAGCUUGCUGGGAUCAAUUCCAACUACAAAGACACUGCGACCAUCAAGAACGCGUGCUACGACACCAAGACUCCUUGUCAGAUGUACAACGGGUGUGCUGGUGGCUGCGAGCCCACGAAAAGCGGAACAUGCUCUGGUUGA